AUGCCUAUCAACCUUCCCAUCGAUGCCAUCACCUCGCGACUCAACCUGCAGGGUCGCUUUGACAGUGUCCGCUCGCAGUCCGUCGGUUCCCGCUUCGCCAACCUGAAGCCUAUCUCCGAGUUCUUCAACUUCAAGCAAAUCUCCAAGCCCCAGAACUUUGGCGAAGUCCAGAACCGCGUCAACUACAACCUUGGCUACUUCUCCAGCAACUAUGCCGUCCUCUUCGUCAUGCUGAGCAUCUACACUCUGCUCACAAACUGGCUCCUGACUUUCGACAUCCUCCUCGUUGUCGGUGGUAUGUACGGUAUCGGCAAACUCGAGGGCCGUGAUGUCGAGAUUGGCAACUUCCGCGCGACCACUUCGCAGCUCUACACCGCUUUGCUCGUCAUCGCCGUUCCCCUUGCCAUCAUCUCCAACCCCUUCGGUUCCGCUCUUUGGCUUAUCGGUGCGUCUGGUGUCAGCAUUCUCGGUCACGCAUCGUUCAUGGAGAAGCCUAUCGAGUCAGCUUUUUCAGAGGAGGCGGUCUAA